AUGAAAGACUGCCUCGUAAAAGCCAAGCUACGGCUCUUCCAAGCCGAGAAUGAACACGGAAGCCCUACUGACAGCAUGGGAGCUUUUGUUGGCGAGUCUCUGGGCCAACAUUACCAGGCAGCCCAAACUUCUAACCAGACAACAGCUUCUACCAGUGACACUGAUGACGCCGUGAGAAACAAAGAGGCAACAGAAACACCUAUCCUUGUCAAUGUUCGUCGUCAUGCAACGAUAAGGACAAAUCAUUCGUGGAGGAUUGUUAUUGCGCAGGAGCACGAUUUGAGACAGUGUUCUGCAUGCGUAUUCGAUGAGACGCAUGAAUUGUUCGCAACUAUGCGUUUGAUGUAG